AUGGCGUCUAAGGAGUUACUGGUUUUGUUCCUGAUUGUAGCUUGGACUAGCAGCUGGGGAUCUGUGCAGUCGGCGCCCAUCCGCCUCACGCAGACUACUUUAGAUACUUGCCACGCAGGUAAUUUCUUCGGCGAGAUUACUCAUUGUUGCCCUCCUGCCACCUACACCAAGGGUCCCAUCGUCGAAUUCAUCCCCAAACGUGAUCAUAUUGGGCCGCAUCGAGUCAGAAAGGCAUUGCAAUGCUUGGCUGGCGACGAGCUCAGAAUCUACAGCGAACAACUCUGGAGAGCAUAUGAUCUGAUGAAAGCUCUGCCCAUGGACGACCCUCGCUCCUUCUACCAGCAGAAUGCCCUCCACUGUGCUUAUGGAAGUGGCGCUUUCAUCCAGGAUGGCACUGCCAACCUCACCAUUGAUGUGCAUUUUAACUGGUACUUCUCUCCUUGGCACCGGCAGUUCAUAUACUUUCACGAGAGGAUUCUCCAGUCGCUGCUCAACGACACCACAUUCAGUCUACACUUCUGGAAUUUCGAUAACAAUGUCGAUGGCGAGAGCCAUGGCAAAGACGGCUGCUACAGAAAGGGAUACCUCUUCCCCGAGCUCUACAGCGACCCUUCCAAGUCCACAUUCCAUGCCAAUCGAUCUGAGAGACCUUUCAUGGCAAACCUGCCAAUGGACUUGACGGUUCUUAAUCGGAGUGACAUUCCUCUGCGUUUUGCGAGCGUGGCGGUUCCUAGAAACCGCGAAUUGAUGCACAGGGCGAUGGCGGUGGGCAACACUAGUUUGGAUUUUCAUGGAGUGGAGUUCAAGCACGGAGACCCCCAGAACCUGGACAUCAAUGGAGGAGGGUCUCUGGAGUUCCUCCCCCACAACAGUGUUCACCGCUGGAUAGGAGGCUCGACUGCAUUGACGACACACGCGCCAGAAGAUCCCAUCUUUUAUGUAUUCCACUCCAAUCUCGAAAGGCUCUGGGAUGUGUGGCAGAAGCUUGGUAAUGGCAGAACAGACCCGUCCACGCCAGAUUGGCUGGACGCAGAGUUUUUGUUCUUUGAUGAAAAUGCUGUCGUGAGAAGUGUGAAAGUCAGAGAUUCCCUGAGCACGGAAGACUUCGGAUACAGCUAUGAGAAGGUGUUUGACGAAAGCUGGAUCUUCUACGACAACUCCACCAGCACAACGCCCACCAGUCCAGCAUCUCCUACCAACACAUAA